UAUUACUCAGAAGUUGAAACAUGACGAAUUUAAUUAGAUGCCAGAGAACUGUGCCAAGAUGAGGUUGGUUUUUUGCUGUUUGUGCCUUCUUCUGUGCCAGCAGACAGUAUUUUCGGUGCAUAAAGUACGCCACGCGGUGGCUCACGAUGGAUUCCACAAUAUCGAAAAGGAAAGGCGCUGGAGAAAUUGGCCAGCACGUGUGAGAAAUCAUCACAAACGACACAACUCAAUCUAAUGGAUACCAAUGUCAGAAUUAAUAAACAUCUCAGAUCUCAUCGAACAAUGGGAAACGGAAACCUUGUCCACCUA